AUUUUGAAGGACUGUCUUCUGAUCAUACGUCUUUAAACUUCACUCAAGGUUACGAUCAGAAGAAACUAACUGCAACUUGUUCAAAUCUUUCACCUUUCUUGCGAAACUAGUACUUGAACGAUGGCAAAUGAAGCAAGUCCGUGCCCCUGUGAUAUUGGUGACCGGAUGGAGUAUGGAGGACUAGGUCAGGAGCUUCAAAUUGGACACAUUCAAGCCUAUGUGGUCAAACCGUCCACCGUGUCCGACAAGGCUGUUAUUGUCAUACAAGACAUUUAUGGAUGGCAACUUCCCAACACAAGAUACAUGGCUGACAUGCUGGCUGCCAACGGAUACGUUGCUGUGUGUCCAGACUUCUACGUUGGAAAGGAACCAUGGAGUACGUCACAUGACUGGUCCAAAUUCCAGGAGUGGCUUGAGGACAAAAAGCCGACCAAUAUUAACAAGGAGGUAGAUGUUGUGCUGACAUUCCUGAAGGAGAAGUGUGGGUCCAAACACAUUGGAGCAGUAGGAUUCUGCUGGGGAGGAGUUGUCACACAUUAUUUGGCACUGCUCUAUCCAGGGAUUAAAGCUGGAGUAUCAGUGUAUGGAAUUAUCCGUGAGGGAGAUGACAGAUAUUCACUGAAGAGUCCCACACUGUUCAUUUUUGGAGAAAAUGACCAUGUGAUCCCACUAGAACAGGUGACUACUCUUGAAGCCAAUCUAAAGGAGAACUGCACAGUGGAUUAUCAAGUAAAAAUCUUUCCUGGUCAGACUCAUGGGUUUGUGCACCGCAAAAGAGAGGACGUGAACCCCGAAGACAAACUCAGCAUCGAGACGGCCAGAAAAGAUAUGUUCAACUGGCUGAACAAAUAUAUGUAAAAGGUCAUAAACAGAAACAUCUUGACUGGACAUUAAUUCAUGUUGGAUUAUUUUCAUCAUCAGAAAAAAACCCAAGAUGGACAUACAUUUAAAAUCAACAUUUGCUAUUAUACUUUUUGAUUGUUAACAUUCCUUUGUUGUUUUAAGCCCCACAGAUUUGAAUCUUUGCAAUUUCAUGUUAUUUUGUUUCUAAACCAGCCAAAUACUUUUCUGAGUUUACAUUUAAUAUGUAAGAUAAAAAAAGAUUAGUUUUUAAUACAUGAAUGAAGUAAAAAAGUAUUCAUUUGCCCAUAGUUAAUUAAGUAAGAACAAGAGUCUUGAAAUUUUAGCACUUUAAUGAUGACUUUGAUACGACAACAGCGGGGACAUUUUGUAUCAAAUUAUAAAUAGCAAUAUGCAGUGCGGUUUUGGACCUGGUGCUCAGGGGAAGUGCCGAAAGCCUCUA